CCGACUAGCCGAAAGCAGCUAGGCGAUUCCCAUCCGGCGCAUAACGCGUACGAACAUAAUUGUAUGCUCGAUCGAGAAGAAAUUCAUGAGCAGAAAAAGUAUUCCAGCCCGCCACGAAUAUGCCCUUGCUACCAACCUGCCAUGAGUAUAAAUCCAGGCGUGCUGCUGUGAGCAGGGGAAAGGCACCGAGACACGGGAGAUCAAGAAAGACAGAGAGCAGAGCAGAGUGUAGAUAAGCUUGCUAGCUCAUGGGAGGAAUGGCGGCCGAGCAGGAGGCACCGGCGCCGACACGAUCUCCGCCGCACACCUACACCAUCGGCUACGCGAUGCAGCCGGACAAGCUGGACACCGUCAUCCAGCCGUCGCUCGUGGCCCUGGCAGCCGAGCGCGGCAUGCGCCUCGUCGCCGUCGACCCCUCCCGCCCGCUCGUCGACCAGGGACCCUUCCACCUCCUCAUCCACAAGCUGUACGACGAGUCGUGGCGCGCGCAGCUGGAGGCCUUCUCUGCGGUCCACCCCACGGUGCCCGUCGUCGACCCUCCCGCCGCCAUCCGCCGCCUGCUCGACCGCGGCUCCAUGCUCGACGUCGUCUCCGAGCUCAACGCCACCGUCCGCGUGGGCUCCCUGGGCGCGCCCCGCCAGGUGGCCAUCGACGACGCCGCGUCGCUCACCGACCCGGACGUCGUGGGCGCGCUCCAGUUCCCGCUCAUCGCCAAGCCGCUGGACGUGGACGGCAGCGUCAGCUCCCACGCCAUGUCGCUCAUCUACCGCCGCGCGGGCCUCGCGGCGCUGCAGCCCCCGCUCGUGCUCCAGGAGUUCGUGAACCACGGCGGCGUGCUGUUCAAGAUCUACGUGAUCGGCGGGCACGCCACGUGCGUGCGGCGGCGCAGCCUGCCGGACGUGCCGGCGGAGCGGCUGCUGGACCUGGAGGGCGACGCGUCGGUGCCCUUCCACAACGUGUCCAGCCUGACGACGGUGCACGCCGACACGGACGACGACGUGGGCGACGACGCCGAGAUGCCGCCGCCCGGGUUCGUGGAGGAGGUCGGGCGCGGGCUGCGGCGCGCGCUCGGGCUGCAGCUGUUCAACUUCGACAUGAUACGCGGGAGGAAGGCCGGCGGGCAGUACUUCAUCAUCGACAUCAACUACUUCCCCGGGUUCGACAAGCUGCAUGGGUACGAGAUCGCCCUGACCGAUUUCUUCGACGAGAUGAUUCGUGGCGCCGCUGCUACACCCGACGAGGCCGACGCUACCGAAGCCUCCAACGUUCUCUGAGCGCGUAUGAGAGGCCGUUUUGUACUCUUUCUGUCCAGGUCGUAUGAUUUUUGUUGUUCCACGUACUAGAGAAGAUCAAUUUUGCAUUCCUACUAUACGGAAUAAUGAUUUUGCCUCGUUGGUUUUGGAAAUUAA